AUGUCCAUGGCUGAUGCGUUACAGGUUGAGAAGGUGGAGAACAAAGCUCUGAAGCAGGUCUUUGACCUCAUGAAGAGGCAGUUGCAGGUGUCUAGCUCUUCUCAGCGAAUGUACCAGCGCUUGCCUGCGCAAUUCUGUGACCUGCUCAGCAGAGUGGGCUUUCAGAUGGAGUUUGCGCCACCUGACGGUAAAAGAGAUUCAGAUGGAGUUUGCACCACCUGACGGUAAGAGAUUCAGAUGGAGUUUGCACCACCUGACGGUAAGAGAGAUUCAGAUGGAGUUUGCACCACCUGACGGUAAGAGAGUUUCAGAUGGAGUUUACACCACCUGAUGGUAAGAGAUUCAGAUGGAGUUUGCACCACCUGACUGUAAGAGAGAUUCAGAUGGAGUUUACACCACCUGAUGGUAAGAGAGAUUCAGAGUUUGCACCAGUGGUGGAAAAAGUACCCAAUUUUCAUACUUGAGUAAAAGUAAAGAUACUUAAUAAAAAAUGACUCAAGUAAAAGUCAGUCACCCAGUAAAAUACUACUUGAGUAAAAGACUAAAAGUAUUUGGUUUUAAUUAUACUUAAGUAUCAAAAGUAAAUGUAAAAGUACAAAUCAUUUCAAAUUCCUUAUAAUAAGCAAACCAGAUGGCGCCACUUUCUUGUUUUUGUUAUUUACGGAAAGCCAGGGGCACACUCCAACGCUCAAACAUAAUUUACAAAUGAAGCAUGUGUGUUUAGUGAGUCCGCCAGAUCAGAGGCAGUAAGGAUGACCAGGGAUGUUCUAUUGAUAAGUGCCUGAAUUGGACCCUUUUCCUGUCCUGCUAAGCAUUCAAAAUGUAACGAGUACUUUUGGGUGUCAGGGAAAAUGUAUAGAGUAAAAAGUACAUUAUUUUCUUUAGGAAUGUAGUGAAGUAAAAGUAAAAGUAGUCAAAAAUAUAAUAAUAAUAAUAUGCCAUUUAGCAGACGCUUUUAUCCAAAGCGACUUACAGUCAUGCGUGCAUACAUUUUUGUGUAUGGGUGGUCCCGGGGAUCGAACCCACUACCUUGGCGUUACAAGCGCCGUGCUCUACCAGCUGAGCUACAGAGGACCACAAUAUAAAUAGUAAAGUUAAGUACAGAUACCAAAAAAAACUACUUAAGUAGUACUUUAAAGUAUUUUUACUUAAGUACUUUACACCACUGGUUUGCACCACAUGACGGUCAGAGAGAUUCAGAUGGAGUUUACACCACCUGAUGGUAAGAGAGAUUCAGAUGGAGUUUGCACCACCUGACGGUAAGAGAGAUUCAGAUGAAGUUUGCACCACCUGACGGUAAGAGAGAUUCAGAUGGAGUUUACACCACCUGAUGGUAAGAGAGAUUCAGAUGGAGUUUGCACCAACUGACGAUUUGAGAGAUUCAGAUGGAGUUUACACCACCGGACGGUAAGAGAGAAUCAGAUGGAGUUUGCACCACCUGACGGUAAGAGAGAUUCAGAUGGAGUUUGCACCAAGUGACGGUUUGAGAGAUUCAGAUGGGGUUUGCACCACCUGACGGUUUGAGAGAUUCAGACAGAGUUUACACCACCUGACGGUAAGAGAGAAUCAGAUGGAGUUUGCACCUACUGACGGUAAGAGAGAAUCAGAUGGAGUUUGCACCACCUGACGGUAAGAGAGAUUCAGAUGGAGUUUACACCACCUGACGGUAAGAGAGAAUCAGAUGGAGUUUGCACCAACUGACGGUUUGAGAGAUUCAGAUGGAGUUUACACCACCUGACGGUAAGAAAGAAUCAGAUGGAGUUUGCACCACCUGACGGUAAGAGAGAAGCCACCUAUAGAAUAAGAAUGACAUAAUAGAGUACAUUUUGCAUCCCUUUGAUAGGGGGUUUGCACUAAUAUUGAAUUUUAAAAGCCUGUAUACUAAGUUAAGUGUCCUUUUAUAUAGACCACAAGGAACAUUCAAUAAUUCCGAUUUUUUUUAUAUGAAUAAAGACUUGCUAAAGUGCCAGAAAUCUGCAUUUUGACAUGUCCCUCGUCAUGUUUUUCCAACUUCUAGGAAGAUCUUAACCCACUUCAACCACAACACUUCUUCAUGGUUUCACCAUCUUUUGUAAAGCCCUAGUUACUGUAUAUUCUUGCUUUAACAGUCAUUUCUGAAGAUUCUAAUUUAUUUCAUGUGAUUAGUGAUUCACUUACACCUGUCCCUCAUUUUAAGGUCAACCCUGUUACGUGAACUGAACUCUCGUUUUAAUAUGGUGAAACUAUUCCUUUAGAAAAAUGUUUAUUUUCUCAAAAUAAACAUUGAACAUCUAACAGUCAACCAAGUGAGCUGGUCCUAUUCUUUUUGGCAAUUUUCUGGUGUUUUGUGGUGGAAAAAUGUGCGCGUCGAGCAUAACACGUCAAUCCUGUUACCCAUAGACAGACAAGCUAGACAUUAUUUUGUGAAGCUUGCAUUCAAUUGCCCCUCCCUGUUGCACACAACAAGCUUCCAUUCCCCCAUAUCACAAGGGGAUUUAUGGCUGAUUUAAGAUUUAUUUAAGAUUUAUUUAACCUCAACCAUGUUACUUUAAUGGCACUUUAGUUAUUUUAUUAUUUAAAAACCUUGAGUUGGGAAAACAUGUUUUUUAUGAAGUUGAGCAUGUGCUUUUUAUGACAAUGUUAAAAUGAGGUGAAAUUAAUAGUUACACUAGCCAACAUUUACUCUAUCCGUGGAACUACCGAAAUCAUAAUAUGCAGGUUGGCAACUUUCACAAGUCGUUUUCAAUCAAAGCACAUACCUAUUCCUGGUGUGUAGCUAAAAUAACACACAACCAUCACAAAACGGUUUUAUGUUGCAAUAGAUUCCACUUUCUCUUACAUUGUAUUACAAUAGUGCAAUAAUAUGUUUCAUCCACAGAGCCAAAGCUUGGAGAGGGGAUCUACUUCAGUGGCUGCGGCAUGGGGCAGAGAGACUGUGGAAGGGCUCACCUGACGAGGAGUACCUGUACUUCAUUGAGGCACAGGUGCUGACUGGCAUGUCAACUGUUGGCUGUCCAGGUCUCAUUGUGCCACCUCCCUUUGCCAGAGACCCACUCACCCUGUAUCAUAGUGUGAAAGGAGGCAGAGACAUCUGGGUCAUCUUCAAUGGUCACCAGGCUCUACCUGAAUAUCUGAUCACCUGCAAAAAGCCUACAUACGUAAAACCUCACGGUAAGAGGGAGAGACUGAUUCUAUAUGACAUUCUAUAGAAUACCCUAUUAGAAUAUAGAAAUAUAUUUAUUUCAUAAACACAAUGUUUUGUGUCCCAUGUUCACACAGCAUUGUUCAACUGGGGCAUCGCUAACAAGCCACAAAAGAAUGAGGACUUUGUCAUCGAGGGCCCGGGAAGUGGAUCCGGCUGUCUUCCACAUUUCUUCCAGAGUGGGUCAAGUAAAUCGUCUGAUCAAGGACCUGACCCUAAAAGAUCCAGACAGGAAUAUUAAAGUGGCCAGCAACAUGGUGGAUUGGCAGUAUCAGCAGCAGCCAGGGGGGCAGUACCAGAGCUUCCACGGCAGCCAGGGGGGCAGUUCCAGAGCUUCCAUGGCAGCCAGGGGGGCGGUACCAGAGCUUCCAUGGCAGCCAGGGGGGCAGUACCAGAGCUUCCAUGGCAGCCAGGGGGGGCAGUUCCAGAGCUUCCAUGGCAGCCAGGGGGGCAGUACCAGAGCUUCCAUGGCAGCCAGGGGGGCAGUACCAGAGCUUCCAUGGCAGCCAGGGGGGCAGUACCAGAGCUUCCAUGGCAGCCAGGGGGGCAGUACCAGAGCUUCCAUGGCAGCCAGGGGGGCAGUCCCAGAGCUUCCGCCACAUCCUUAACAUCCAUCUGCAGCAGGCGCUGGAGAGGAAGCAGCCCCGCGUGGAGGUCUCUGUCCGGGGGCAAAUGCACAAGGUCACCCUGCCUGACGGGGCUGCUACCAACACCUGUAGAAACAGACUCAAAAGCAGAUGCAUCGACCAGUUAGCAGGUACUCAAAACAGAGUUAAUUUGUUAUUUUAACCUUAGUUAACAAUGGGGAUAAGCCAAGUUCAAGUUCAACAUGUCCAUUAGCCGGAAGUCUGUUAGCAACUAGGGAGUUUUCCCUAGCCACCAUGCUUCUACAUCUGCAUUGCUUGUUGUUUGGGGUUUUAGGCUGGGUUUCUGUAUAGCACUUUGUGACAUCUGCUGAUGUAAAAAGGGCUUUAUAAAUAAAAUGUGUUUGAUUGAUUGCUUGACUAUCAUAUCCCAGCUAGUGUUAGCAUGAUGGCUAAGUGUGACAUGGUUUCUUAUGGGGAAAUGCUAACUGUUCACCAUCUUAGUAAUAACCGUGUUUGCUCUAGGUCAACCCAUUGAGAGUCUCCCUCAGCAUUGGGACGCCGUGCCAGCCAACACCUCCUGCCUGUCCUGCCUCAUCCAGACAGGAAGCCCAGAGCACAAUGAAGUCUUAAACCUGUUCCGAGCCACCUGCCCCAACAACGUUAUAAAGGUAGGCUACCUGUUUUUCCAAAAAAUAUACUUCCCAUUGUAGUUAUUUUUAUGUCUUCGGAUGUUCUGGACGUUCUCUGCAUGGGUGUGUGUCUAAUGGGCUGAUUAGUUUAGACUCAGCUGUUGGUCUCUAGGUUUCUGACUAGGUUCCUGCCUUUCUAGGGAGUUUUUCCUAGCCACCGUGCUUCUACAUCUGCAUUGCUUGCUGUUUGGGGUUUUAGGCUGGGUUUCUGUAUAGCACUUUGUGACAUCUGCUGAUGUAAAAAGGGCUUUAUAAAUCAAAUUUGAUUUGAAUUUGAUUUGAGAUCAGCCAUUUUAAAUGGUUUGUUUAUUAGAGGCUUUGUGUGUUAGUAUUUAGUUAAGCACUUGAAAUAAUGAUGAGGCACCUCAGCUCAGCUAGGGGUCAGCUAGGGGUCAGCUAGCCAGAUAUUUGUUUGUCUGGAUCUUUUUCAGCCCACAAUAAUAAUCUAAGAUGUAUGGAAGGUAUUCAGGAUACAUUUUAGAUUCUAUUAAUGACUCCUAUAAAGUAUUUUCCCUCAAUUUAUUUCAGAUUGAGAGGAUCCAGAACCCAUAGUGUGAAAAGUGUACUUAGAUUAGUGUUGGUCUAGCUAGCCCGUUAGUGUGUUUUGUGUGUUCUCAGAUUGAGAGGAUCCAGAACCCAACCCUGUGGAGGACUCUCCAGAUCAAGAAGCUGGACAUGGAGCUCAGGAACGGUCACCAGAAGAAUGAGAAGAGGCUCUUCCAUGGAACGUGCCACACAACCAUCGAUCACAUUAACAACCAUGGCUUCAAUCGGAGCUACGCUGGGAAAAAC